AUGAACAAAGAAAAUUUUAAUUCAAAAGAGAAGCCAGUUUUUUCUUCCAGCGAGUAUGGCAAUAAUCAUUUUAAUAAAAAAAGAAAAGAAUGGACUAGUAAGACUUAACAAAAAAAGCCAUUGCCUCAAAACUUUUAGCAAUUUGAUAAUCUAGAUGAAGAUUAAAGAGAAAUAAUAUAUGAAAUAAUAGAAUAAGUAAAGCCUCCAUAUGAGCCUUUUGAAAAAUAUAUAAAGCUAAAAGAUAUGGUAGACUGCUUAAAUGAAGUUUGGUCCUACUAAGAAGAAUGA